ACGAGCUGACUAGGACGAAAAUCCAGACUUGUCCUUUGUGCGAAGGAACGACGUGAAUGGCGAAUCUCGCUAGUGCUAGGCUGCUGGGUGUUAGUAUUGUUUCCCAUCUUGAAGCCGAAACACACGUCUGCUUCCAUCCUCCUUUGUUCUGUUCGGAAACGCAUUUGAGUGAUAGACCACUGGCUCAUAAGAACCCGGUCCUCUGACCUGCCCAAGCCCGGUUCUCUGGAGCUCUUCUCUUGCAACCGAGGCAGCCAUCCCGAAAACACUCCUUGGAUCAACCACACAGGAUCCCACAAACUACCCAGUUAGCUGCAAGAUGCGCGGUAUGAAACGGUACAUGCUGGCGCCUCUGCCCGAGUCUCUGGACUCGCAGAGGCGCUGUCGACGCAGGGUCCGCUUCACCGAACCCGCGUCCGCCGACCAAGCCGCCGCCGCCACCAGCCCGCCAGACCAGCGAGCAUAUUAUGACACCGGCGACGUCCUCAUCUGCGCCUUUGUCCUUGGCUGCGUCAUUGGCUACAUCUUCAACACGCCUUCACUCGACAAGGCCACCGAAAUUCUGGCCUGGGCCAAGCUGAAAUCGAUCAAGUCCAAAUUCCGAAUCGCCCAUCUCCAAGACCUCACCUGGGGCCGCGGCGACGAGCCCAUCGAACACGAAGCGGCCAAGGUCAAAACGACUGUGCUUCACUGGGUUACGAACAACACUCGGAACGGGCAGCACAGGCUCAAGGAGGGUUUCCUCGUAUAUGGUUGUUCCAGCGUUGCCUAAUCCGCCCUCGGAGGUUCGACAAAAAUCCGAUGUCCU